UUGACCUCCAGUGGGCCUCUCCAUGCCCAGCCUCCUGCCUCCCAAAGGCCCGCACAGGCCAAGCCCCUGCCUAAUAGCGGACUCUCCAAGCACAGCUCUACCCUCACUGGGGCCUGCCCAGGCCAGAGCUCCUCCUGCCUUUCGGCACCUCCGACAGCCCAGCUCCUGCCUCACAGUGGCCUCUUUAGGCCCAGCUCAUUUGACACGGGUCAGGGCCUUUCCAGGCCCCGUCUUUGCCUUUUCACAGCCUCUCCAGGCCCAGAUCUUCCUCAGACCGGCUGUCCAGGCCCAGUCGCAGCCUCCCGGCCUCCUGUCCAGGCCCAGCUCCUCCUGCUCCCGACUGCGGCCGGAGGCCCAGCUCCUGCCUCACAGCAACCUCUUUGGACUCAGCUCCGGACCAACUCCUGCUCAGCGGCAUUUAGAAGCCUCAAAAGUCCUGAAGUCAGGCCCUCCAGGCCCGACUCGGGCCUCACUGUGGCGUCUCCGGGCUCGGCUCCUGCCCUCCGACGGCGUCUCCAGGCCCCAGACUUCCUCCGGCCGGCUUCUCUCGGCCCAGCUCGGGCAUACCGGCGUCCUCUACAGGCCCACGCUCUCCUCGAGUGGGCCUCUCCAGGGAUCGCUCCUGCUCCCGGCGGCCCCUGCAGGCCCAACUCGUCCUCCGGUCGGCCUCCGCCGGCCCAGCUCCUGCCUCUCGGCGGCCUCUCCAGCUGCCAGACUUCCUCAGGUCAGCCUCUCCAGGCCCAGCUCCUCCUGCCUGCCACUGGCCUCUUCAACCCCAGCCCCGCUCACACCUCUGGGCGGCCUUCCCGGGCCCCCCCCGCUCCUGCCUCCUAGUGGUCUCCUUAGGCCCAGCUCAUUCGACACGGCGAGGUCCUUUCCAGGCCCCAUCUUUGCCUCUUUGCAGCCUCUCCAGGCCCAGAUCUUCCUCAGACCGGCUCUCCAGGCCCAGUCGCGGCCUCCCGGCCUCCUGUCCAGGCCCAGCUGCUCCUGCUCCCGGCUGCGGCCGCAGGCCCAGCUCCUCCUGCGGCCCAGCUCCUGCCUGACAUCAACAUCUUUGGACUCGGCUCCGGUCCUACUCCUGCUCAGCGGCCUUUAGAGGCCUCAAAAGUCCUGAAGUCAGGCCCUCCAGUCCCAGCUCGGGCCUCACUGUGGCCUCUCCGGGCUCGGCUCCUGCCCUGCGACGGCAUCUCCAGGCCCCAGACUUCCUCUGUCCGGCUUCUCUCGGCCCAGUUCGGGCAUACCGGCAUCCUCUGCAGGC